AUGAAUAAUAAAGAAGAGUAUGAGUAUUCUGAUCUAGCUAGUCCUGUGGAGAAGGCUAGAAAAAAAAAGCCAAUCAACCAUGGACCUCUUCCUUCAUUCAGAUAUAUUGUAAACCAGCUAUUUAUUCCGGUUGAGAAUGUCACUAGAAACAGGAGAUUGCAUUUAAGUGUGAAUAAAACUGAUGUAAUUUUUAGAUUUAUUUCCAAUUACCGGCAAACAGUGGGAGAUGACAUUCUCCCGGUGGCUAGACUAUAUUUUCCAAAAUGGGAUCGAAAACGUGUGUAUAUGAUGAAGGAGCAUAAGCUUGGAAAGAUUGUUUGCGAUUAUCUCAAGCUUCAUAGGAAUGCCGAGGACUUUAAGAGAAUCCACAAUUGGAAACAGUUAUCUUACAACCAUAUGAAAACAUCAGUGCCAUUUUCAGACCUCUUGGUGGAAAUAAUAUCCAGGAGGCGAAUUUCAAGGAUUAUACCUGACAGUGAACUUCUUAACGUCAAUGAUGUAAACAUAAUCUUAGAUAAACUCAACAGUUUUGCCCAAGAUAAAAAUAUUAGCAAAGCAGAUAUUUUUCAGAAUACCAUCAACCGUAUGGGAGAUAGCGAGUUGCGUUAUUUUUUCAGAAUAGUACUCAAAGAUGAUCCGGUAGGCUCUGAAUCUGUCUUCCUAAACUGUUGGCACCCAGAUGCAAGACGAUUAUACGAUCUUACACACGACCUUAAGUUAGUAUUUUGGGGGUUGGAUGACCCAUCGUCUAGACUUUCAACCAAGCAGAAACAAAUAAGGUUGAUGCUUCCUUUUACUCCUCAACGAUGCCAAAGAGUUAGGAGUGAAUAUUCUAAGAUUGCUUCCUAUAGUUUUCACGACUUACCUUUCUUAAUCGAAGAAAAGUUUGACGGAGAAAGAAUGCAAGUUCACAUAGCACGAGAUAGUAAUGACCAUAACAAAUUGAUCUUUAAAUAUUUCACUAGAAACGCCAUGGAUUAUACAUCUAUUUAUGGAGCAAAUUCUGGAAAUGAUGUCGAUUUUACUGGGUGUAUUUCACACCUACUUAAAUCCUCGAAUUUUCAUGAAAAUAUGAAGAACUGCAUCUUAGAUGGGGAAAUGAUUUGCUAUGAUCCAGUAUUAAGAAUACCUUUACCAUAUUCGUGUGUAAAGCUAUCCGCUUUGCAUUCUCUGGCACUGGGUGAAAAUAGGGAAUUAGACAAAGAACCUCAUCCUAUGUUUAUGGCUUUUGAUUGCGUAUAUUUGAAUGAUACUUCUUUGGAAGAUUAUGAUCUUUCUCAAAGAAAAUCUGCGCUUAAUUAUGUUCUACGAAAGCCAGUAGCAAACUUGUUUACAAUUGCAGAUUAUGAAGUAGCAAGAAGCGGGGAUGAGAUUGGAAAGGCAAUGAAAAAGGCGAUUAGCAUGGAUUCAGAAGGUAUUGUUUUGAAACAUAUACAGUCAAAAUAUGUCGUUGGUAGUAUAUCAAAGGAAUGGAUCAAAGUAAAGCCAGAAUAUUUGGAAGAGUUCGGUGAAAACUUAGAUUUGGUAAUUGUUGGAAAAAUACCUGGGGCCAAGACUUCAUAUAUCUGUGCAUUAAGGGAUGAUUCAGAAGAACGAACUGUCAAGGAAGGAGGUGAGCAUAAUUCAAAUGAAAAGAGCUGCAAAUUCAUUACUCUUUGUAAAAUAGCGAAUGGCUUCUCAAUUGAAGAUUAUAGAUAUAUUGAUGAGAGGACAAAAAAUAAAUGGAAGAAGAUGGAUGAAAUGCCACAAACACCAAAAGUGAUUUUUGGAAAGGACAUACCCGAUUUCUGGAUUGAUCCCAUUGAUUCUGUGGUGAUUGAGGCUAGGGCUCGUUCAAUAGCGUUACAACCUAAGCAAACCGGUUAUGCCACAUCUACAACGUUGUAUAACGCAUAUUGCGUCAGGAUACGUCCCGACAAGGAUUGGAAAACUGCAAGCACAUUAAAUGAAUAUGACAUUUCCUCUAAUAGGGCUAAGAUACAUUCUGCUCAAACAAUUUUUAAUGGCAAAAGAAAGCGAAGGAUGCACGUGGUUUCCAAGAAGAGUCAUUUGCUAGAUGUCUUAAAUAAAGGAUAUACAACGUCGAAUAGCUCUCCAGGUAAAGUCUCUACUUUAUUUUCUGAUUAUGUUUUCAGCGUUAAGACCGAUUGCAUUUAUCACCAAGCAUUAAUGCCUAUUAGUAAACUUAACAUGGUAAUUGCUCGCUAUGGAGGAGCACUAGCAAGAGACCCUGAAUCAGUUAUCCUUAAUUCAUCUAAAAAGCAUCUGAUCAUCAUCGCUGAAAAGAUGACAUCUGAAGUUAAAGGAUUGACGGAUAAGUAUAAUAUUUUCAAAUUUAAGUGGUGUGAAGACUGCAUUACAACAGGAAUGGUCGUGUCACCAGAUAAUUCACAUAUUUUUAUAUCAGAUCUGGCAUUAAAUCAGCUUUGUGCAUCGAACGAAAGUACGUUUAGUGGAAAUCCAAUUGUGGCUUUGAAUAAAUAUACAUUUUGGGGUGUCGUCAAUGGGUUGAAUUCAAGCAGAUUAAGGAUUCCCGCUAUAAUGAAGAAAUCACACCUUACAAAUCAAGAGCUGUAUGAUCUUCACAAAUUUCUUAUGUUUUCUGGCAUGACAUUCAUGUUAAUUUAUGAUACAAAGACAUCAAAUAGAAAAUCUAUAAUUACAAUGGCCAUACGCCUAAAUGGUGGGGAUACUACUACGAAAAUAAAUUGUUGUUCUAUGAUUGUGAUUUUAUUUGACGAAGAAGAACUGGUAUCACUUUUUAAGCAAAAGGACCAUAUUAUUCACAAGAUUCGAAAGGUGAUGGAGGAGAGAGGGCAGCUAAAUACCACAAAAAUACCACACAUGGUUAAAUAUAAUUACAUUGAAUCAUGUAUUAAAGAGAAUACUCUAGUGGGAACUGCGAACUACAGGGUUUUUCUUCCAUCGUGA